UGAGCAUUGGGAGCGAGUGUCAGUCCGGAACCACACGUGAACCAUCAACCAUCCUUUGAGGGCUGAGGCUGAGGACGGGGGAGCUUUGGUUGCGGCGGCAGGCACGAGCAGGAGCAGGACGGACAUCACAGUUACUGGAGUGGCUCUCCACCCACCUACUUAGAUUUGCCCUCGGCAUUCACUCCCCCACCUAAAUCCACCAUUACUAGACCCAUCGCAAUGUGGAAGCCCCAGCGCCCUCAUGCCACUCCCUGCCUCUGCCUGCCUGCCGUGCUAGUACUAGCUAGUAGGAGUAGCUAUCAGUGACACUGCCAACACUCGCUCCGCGCGCUCCCAUGGCGGCCUCCUACAAGCUGUCCGUGCUCGCCACCGCCUUGCUCUGCUGCUCCCUCGCGCGUGUGUCCCAAUGCAGCGGCGGCGGCGGUGGCGGCCAGAACUACACCUCCAUGUUCAGCUUCGGCGACUCGCUCACCGACACCGGCAACCUGCUCGUGUCCAGCCCGCUCUCCAACCACAUCGUCGGCCGCUUCCCCUACGGCAUGACCUACUUCCACCGCCCCACCGGCCGAUGCUCCGACGGCCGCCUCGUCGUCGACUUCCUUGCGCAAGCGUUUGGCCUGCCGCUGCUGCAGCCGUACCUGUCGCGCGGGAAGAAUGUCCGGCAAGGUGUCAACUUCGCCGUCGGCGGCGCCACCGCGAUGGAUCCGCCCUUCUUCGAGGAGAUCGGCGCGUCCGACAAGCUCUGGACCAACCUGUCCCUCAGCGUCCAGCUAGGGUGGUUCGAGCAGCUCAAGCCGUCACUCUGCAACUCGCCCAAAGGUUGCAAGGAGUACUUCAGCAAAUCCCUGUUCCUCGUGGGAGAGAUUGGGGGAAACGACUACAACUACGCGUUCUUCAAGGGCAAGAGCCUGGACGACGCCAAAACUUACGUCCCCACGGUCGCCGGCGCGGUCACCGAUGCCACUGAAAGGCUGAUCAAAGCCGGCGCGAUGCACCUGGUGGUGCCGGGGAACCUGCCGAUCGGCUGCUCGUCGGCGUACCUGACCUUGCACCCCGGCCGGAACAAGAGCGACUACGACUCCAUCGGCUGCCUCAAGACGUACAACGACUUCGCGCAGCACCACAACGCCGUGCUCCAGCAGAAGCUGCAGGCGCUCCGCUGCAAGUACCCGCAGGCCAGGAUCACGUACGCCGACUACUACGGCGCCGCCAUGUCCUUCGCCAAGAACCCCAAGCAGUUCGGUGAGUACAAUUGCUGAACCUGAUAAUCUGCGCUUUUCCGGUUUAAAUGACAGAUAAAUUUGACAUCUAUCUUUUCACAAUUUCACAUAACUGAUGCAAUCAUGAAAGCUACGCAGAAUAGUAACCAUGUUUAGUUAGAGGAUGGCCAGCCACGAUCUGCCAUCAAAAUGGGGUUCAUACUGUUGUGCUCUUUCAGAAAAGGUUGGGGGAUCUGAACCGCUUCUUGGGCAAUCGUCUUUCGGGAAAGGGGGGCUAUGUCUUGCUCAUUGCUUGCUUUCCUACACUGAAAAGAUAUUCCUGCCCACAAAAAAAAAACACUGAAAAGAUAUCUGCAGUAGCUAACAUGGAUGCCACACUGAAAAAAUGGAUCUUUCCAUGGAGUGAUAAAAGACUUUGUAUUCCUUUUGUUUUGGAAUAUUGAUCUAGGCACUGAUCAUUCCAUCCUGCUAAAAUCUGAAGACCUGAUGAGUUGAUGGCCAGUUAUUUGGCACACACCAUCGCUAUCAAUGCUAUCAAAUCCUAUUAUCCUAUAGGUUAUUGCGCUAGUGUCUCUAUUAAUGGGUUUGUUAGCAGCUCAUGUUAGACGCUGUCAUGAUCUGCUCUCUUCUGUCGAACUUUAGUGAAAUAAAAGGAAGGUACUGUAGUGUCAACUGGGAUUUGGGAGUGUAACUGUCACCUGUUUAUGGACUUUUGAAUCCUUGACAUCUCACUUCCACUAGCAUGACAGUUCAAAAAUUCUUUUGACCACUGAUAAGGUAUUCAUUAAUCUAGGAACUUUUAGAUUUUGUUCAAAUUCGUACUAAAUCGUGAGGGUUUGGGUUUAAGCCACUCUGAUUCAAACGAACUCUCAUGUUACCAAUAGUUUCGCCCCCAAUAGCAGAACAUUUCGCAUGUUUAGGUGAGGUUUCGGCUUAGGCCUCAUAACUCAAAUUGCGACUAUUACUCAUCCAAAUGGUGCUGCUCCCCUCCACA